UUGGGUAUACCAUAAUACAUACUUGGAUUUUGUUUUAUAGAUAAAAAACUUACAUGAAUGAUUAUCUAAUAAAGAAAAUAAAAAAGAAUGUAUUUUGACGGCAAUGCUGCCAGUUCCGCAGAUAUGCGAUACUUCAACUGGCUUGUGCUUGCAGUGCAGGUUCUCGGUGUUGUAUCAGUUGUUAUCACAGCUGUAUGGAUGGGUCAUUUUCGGGGAGGCUUUGCUUGGCAAAGUGAUCCACUCCAUGAAUUUAACUAUCAUCCACUUUUCAUGAUCAUUGGAAUGGUUUUUCUUUAUGCUGAUGCAAUAUUGGCAUAUCGUGUAUUCAGAAAUGACCGAAAAAUUCUCAUCAAGAUUCUUCACGCCUGUAUGCACAUCUUCGCACUCAUCUUUGCCAGUGUUGGCCUGAAGGCUGUGUUUGACUCUCACAACCUGAACUCUAAACCUAUACCAAAUCUGUAUUCUCUUCAUAGCUGGGUUGGACUGUUUGUGGUAGUCUGCUUUGGACUUCAGUGGGUACUUGGAUUUGUAUCCUUCCUGUGGCCAAAAUUAGGAAUGGGUGCUCGCGCCAUGUACAUGCCAUACCAUACAUUCUGGGGUGUGCUGCUGCUAAUCUUGGCCACUGCUACUGCUUUAAUGGGUAUUACAGAGAAAGCCUUUAUUCAUAAAGAGGAUAUUCAGUAUUCCAGCCUUUCAUCUGAAGCAAUUCUUAUCAACUGCUUAGGCAUCAUCCUUUUGAUGUUUACUGGUCUAGUUGUCUACCUGGUUACUAAGCCAGAAUAUAAACGACAGCCGGCCCCUGAGGAAGAUCAUGUAGCACUAGACAAUUAGCACCAGAUCUAUUGGAUGCCUCGUCAAAAGUAUACUUUCCAAUUGCUUAGAAAUAAAAAUUAUAUGGCUUAAGUGAAACUUUACAAACACCUACAAGAAGAAUAUCAUUACUUAAGAUAUUUAAAUAAAACUUUUUAUCUAGAGAUAAGUUUGAAAUUGCAUUCUUAUUGCUAGCUUAAAUCUAUGCACAUUUUGUUGCAAGUAAGCCAUGUGUGAAUUUGCAAUGAUCACUACUGAUGGCUUGAUAAAGUGUUGCAUGACACAGUUUAGCGAUUAAAACUGAAAUUUGUAAAGUUUGGGGCUGAUAUUGGCUAAUGGAUUUUUAAAAAGUUGCGUUUGAUUAGUGAUUACCCUACAUUGUUUACUUAUAAACUUCCUAUUUCUUAUUAUUCCAUUGUCUGUGAAAGUGAUUCUGUGACGUGCAGUGAUUGUUUUAAGUUGUUUGGUAAAUUGCUGUUGUCAUGAAACUAAAUGUCAUUUCUAUUUAAUGGUUGUAUCUAUUGUUACAAGUGCAAUACAUAUGAGCUCAUUAUAAACAUUGUUUUUGAAAAGUAACCAUUUCAUCCCACAUUGACAAAUAUUUAUCUUUUAAGGAAAAUAUUUUAAAGUAAAUUUAUUAUUUAUCAAGCAUAAUUUUCUUUUCUCAGGAAUUAAUUACCAUUUUGUUCUAAAAAAUUAUGAUUUCGCUGUAUUCUAUAUUGUAAUUAUCAUUUUUAGUUCUGAAUUUGUAACGGCGGAAAAGAUGUAUUAAUGGACAAGACUAAGACAUUAGUUUAUGGGUGCACUAUGUUCAGCGUUUAACUUAAUUGAGAAGUACAGGCUCUAUUUAGUCCAAAAUCUUUCAAUUUUUAAAUUCUAGUAUUAAAGCCAUACAAAGACCAAUUCAAUAGUUUCACAUAGUUGCUUUUUUUAUAUACACAAGUCGUUAUGCGGAUAGUACCAUAUAGUUUUAUUGAACAUUUUUGUUUAGGUUGUGUAGAAAUCUGCCAGCCAGAUAUUUUAUAAAACUACCCACCUGUAUAUACUUGAACAGUCUACUGACAUCACCUGCUCUAUUACCCAUUCUUGAGUUUCCAUUGUUUUUUACCCUAAACUGUAAGAAAAUGUGUUAGAUAUAGAUAGAACAUACUUUUUAGUUUAUAUUUUUAUACACAAUUUUUGUGUACUGCAUGAUAUUUAUUUAGGAAGUAAACCACUUUGAUUAACCAUUUUGCUUUAGUGAAAUCUUUUCUGAUACCAAUACACUUUGUAAACAUGAGGUGUAUUUCAUUGUUUUUUCUUACUAGUUUUAGAAGUUACAGGUUGAUAAACUAUAUCUGCUAAACAUAUUUUCAUUUUUCUGUAUUUUUUAAAUUUUAUUAUGUAGGAAUUUAAAGGGUUUAUAAACUUGUAUGACUUUAAUCCAUAAUGUUUGAUAAUAAUGUCCAGUAAUUUUAAAAGUUGUAGAUUGGUGUCAAAAUCAUUUUCCAUCUGUGAUAUUGACAUUUGUUGAAAUCUACAAUGUUAAAUGAUUUAUAAUUUGUUUUAUUUUUAGAAGUGUGAGGUUACUGUAUUAUAUCCAUUUAAUAAUCUGUUAAUACCCUAUUCUAUCUACUCUUAGAAUAUUCCCACGCCCAAUUUGUUCUUGCCUAAAUUGCUCCCUAACAGAUGUUGAUCUAUUAGAAUUUAUAUUUUUGUUUAAAAAAUCACAAUUGGCAUUGUUAUGUUAUUGAUGGAUUUAUUUCUCUUGUUUUUGAAUUUGAAAUUCCUGUGUUAUAUCUUCUGAUCUGUAAAAAAAAAUACUUAAACUAACAAGGUAUUCUUUUCAUGGAUAAUUUCUAACAUGUAAAUUGUUUUUAAUUCAACUGUAACAUGACUUGUUUGCAAAAUAAAUUUAUGUGACGUGAAAAACAAUUAUGAAAAAAAAUUAAAGCUUAAAAUAUAUAUUUUUUAUGAAAAUUCAGAUUUUUUUCUGGUUCAAGAUCUGCAUUGUUUAAUUUUCUCCACAUAUCAAUAAUACUUAUUUCGUGGAUUCAUUUCAAGUUAUAAUCCUAUACAGAAGAUCUUAUUCUCUAGUGUGUUACUUUACCAGGAAGCUCAGAUCAUAUCUGUAAUAAGAAAUCCAUUACAUUUUGAAAUUAUUAUUUUUUUAAUUAUGUAUUUCUAUUAAUGUUUUGCUAAAUGUUUGUACUAAUUUUUUUACAUUAGCUUUGAUCAUUUGUAUCAAGUAUACUUCUAUACUGCUAAGAAGUUAGAAAUUGUGAUACUGGUGGUUGACAUAAAAGCCAAAAUUGUUGCAUUUUCAUUUGUUUCUAAAAUAAGCUAUUUUUUCUGUCAAUAGCUUAAUAUUAGAACACUCCAUGUAAUUUAAUUUUUAAAAAUAUUUUGGUUCUGGUUCUAAUCAUUUAUAUUAACAUCAUUCAUUACAAAAAAAAUAAUUUCAAAAAUUUAUUAGAAUGUUUAAUUUCUAUCCUUUCAUAUCUCUAUUAAUUUUAUUAAUUCAGGUAUAAUUGACUUGAUAAUAAAAUAUUGAGAUGUUGCUCCCUUUAAUAUCUGGACAGUAUGAACUAAAGAAGGAAAACAUACAUCACUGCUCUUUAUAGGAUGAAUUAAAUAAAAAAAAUAUCAUAUUUGUGAGAUUUAAGUUUUGAGAUGCGCCUAUAUUUUAUUGCCUGAAUUAAUUGACAAAUCAGUAUAAGUUUUUAUGUAGAGUAACCAUCAGAACCUGAGCUUUAUCAAAUUUUAUAGAAAAAUUACUGUUAUUACAUUAGAAUUGAUUUAAUGUAUAUUUAUAUGAAAUGAAGAAAAUGCUAGAAAAUAGGAGGCAUACAUGUAUAUUAAAAUAAUUUCAAUAUAUAAUAUUGACAUUUCAUUAAUUCAAAAAAAUUUAAGCAUUUUUUUUAUAUAAAGGUUUUAUAUUAUAUCUUAUCUGUUAAAAACAACUUAACAAAAAAUAAAAAUAUUAGUUACCCUAAAGUCAUUUAGUGUAAAAAAUAAGAGCAGUCCUAUAGUUUUGGGUUGCUAAGUACCUAAGUAAUAGAAUGGUGUGGUCUGAUAGUAGAGUGCACAGCUGCUAGCCUAAAAGACUCAUGUAUGGAUUCCUGACUCACGUUAAGGUAAACUAAGGUGGCUGGGUUGACCACACUAUCCAUUUACAUGCCACUGCCAUUGAAGUAUUUGGCGCCAAUGGGGAAAAAGAUGAAGUACCUAAUAGAUUUAUAUUGUAAUAAUUUAAUAUUAACAGAGCUGAGAAAAGUUGUUAAUGCACAUUCCCCAAAGUUCUUACUUUCAAUUCCAUUUUUUAAUGUAUAACAUCAUGUAUUAUUUAUUAGCCUUUAUUCCACGAAACUUGUGAUCUCUUUUUAUUGGGGUUUGGAAAAAAAUGAGAUUAAUAGUUAUUUUUUCAAUUAAUUUUUUUGACAUUUCCCACUAACACAGUUUCAUGAACAUGUAUUAUAUUCUUUAGUAAAAAAACAUAUUUAUAAAACUAUAUCUAAUCUAGUUUUGAUCUUGAUAUCAAAGUAUAUUGAUUUGGGUGAUGAUGCUUUUUUCAAUAGCUACGGAAUACUUUGUGUAUUAUCAUUUGCUUUUCACUAAACCACACUAGAAUUAAUACACAAAACCCAUUACUUUGAUGGUAAUUUGAGAGAUUUUCUGUUUUUUUAAAACUUCAUAAUUUGUGGAUCACAUCCAUGUAAGCUCAAAAUUUGUGUCUGUGUUAAAUGUUGUCCAGUGGCAUUGUUAAAGAUAAAACAGUUUAAUAUAUUUCUUAUUUUACUGUGCAUACCUUGUCUAUAUAUCUAGACAACAUUUAUUAGUUCUACAAAUUGGUGUUGCUUAAAAUUGAUAUUUAACUCACUGUAAACGAUUUGUUUUUCUAUUAAAGUAUGUUGCAAGUAUAAUAUUUAGACAACUUUUAAACAACCUACUUGAAUAAUAUGUCAAUCUUAGGGAGAUUUUAUUAUUUAAUGUUUGAAAAAAUUAAGGGGUUGUUUAAUUUUUAUAUUUUAGGCUAGAAAUAUAUUGGGGGAGGGGGUAGCUACCAUGUUUCUCUCUAGAUACAUUGAUACAUAUACAUUACGAUUUGUUAAGAACAGAAUAACUUUUUAAAAAUAAUACAAAUAAGCAAAAUAAUUGUUUUGAUAGGCUUAUAUUUUCUUUUUGACAAAUUUCAAACUACAUUAAAAAUUGUAGUAAAUGUAUACAGUAUCCUGUCUGCUGUUUUUAUUGUUUUAUUGUGAUUUUGAAAUGUGAUGUCCUUUAGAGAAAAUAAAUAUAUAU